AUGUCUCGAGCAGCCACGAACGCGCCGUGUGGCCUCGAUCUCAAUAAGUUCUCGCCAAUGAGUAAGAGUAAAUGCUUCGUUGGUAAGAUUUUCCGAGCGCCGGUCCAUACAGAAUUUCAUGACAAUGCUGGCCACAACAGACCGGCAGACGUUGAAAAGACAGUACAGACCAAGCAUGGAUUGGUAAUGACCAAACUCCGUUGGAUGAUUGUGGUCGUCAAACACGAGCAGCAUUAUACCGCGAUACCGUUAUACACCCAUAAUGGCACUGGUCUUAGCAACAAGUCCGAGCGAGCCAAACGCGAAUAUGUCUCCAUCCGCGACGAUCGUCUCCCAGACUUCGAGGGUCUCUCCAAGCAUGGUGUCCUGACGGCCCAGAUGAGGAACGAAGCAAAAGACUUAAGUCGUCUCUCUGUUGCGCACCUGACUGCCGGAGUAUCAAGGACUUACGGCACAUACGUUGAGCAAGCAAAUGAUGAUUGGCUGAAAGCGGAUUACCAGUAA